UGCCGGAAGCUGGGCGGGGCGACCGCGGAUCCCCACAACAUCCGGGCUCCCACGCCUGCAACCCGUUGCCAUGGAGAUUGCCUGCUACACUGGAAGGCAGGAUUUCCACCCGCACUCCCACUCUCCAGAUCUAGCAGUUUAUGCGACACGGAUCGUUCUGGCUUCGUCCUUGCUGCUGCUUUCGGUGGAUCCAGUGAGAAGACCGGACCCUGGGCCCUCGUCAGAUUUUUCGCCAUCAGGAAAGAGCUGCUUUUGCGGAAAAGAUUUAGAAGAUGGAGAUACCGAUCGAAUGCGACUUGGUGGGUUUGGGCGGAAGGCUAGACGCCUUUGAAAGUCAAAUUCUUUGACAGUGUUUGAGGCACCAUCUACUCCCACUCACUCACCUGGAUAAGAAAAGUUCUUUGACUUCAGAUGAAGAAAUGAAACCUGAACCAUCGGCUCCAUGUGUGAACCCUGGCAACCCUGUGUUCUCCUGUAUGUUGAACCCCAAGACACUCAACACAAACACCUCACUGUCUAAACCACAGAUGAUCAUGUACAAAACCAAUUCCAGCCAGUAUGGUGCGUUCUCACCCAGGCCCCAGUUCCUUCCCUGCAAGUACAUUCCAAGAGAACAAGUGUUCUCAAAUCACAUCAGAGCAACUGGGUUUUAUCAAAACAACAGCCUAAAUACGGGCCCCGACAGAACCAGGACCAUUGAUUUUCCUAACUUUCAACACACUCUCUGAAAAUACGUCUUCCUGACAACUGAAGAUAAAAUGUGCUAGACAAUGUUCGUUUUUAAGUCUAGAAUGCCUAAUUUUUGAACAUGAAAGGAUUUUAAUAAAAAAUAUAUAAAUACAUGUUCCAAAAUACUUAUAAGAAAUAAAAAUUCUAACUGAUAA